AUGACAGCAACCAACGGAGUCAACGGCAGCAGCAAACCCGAUCUUCAAUGGAAGGUUGGUCUUAUCAACAGUGCAGGCAAAUACCUCACAGCAGAGUCGUUCGGAUUUAAGAUCAAUGUUUCGGGAACGUCAUUGAAAAAGAAGCAGACAUUCAUUUUGGAACAGGACCCGCUAGAGGAGGUCUUGUACAUCAAGAGUCACACGGGACGUUAUCUGUCCGCUGAUAAGUACGGAAAUGUUACAUGCGAGGCCGAGGAACGAGAUCAGAUGGAGAAGUUCUCAGUCGAGUACGACAAGCAUGGAUCGGGAAAGUGGGCCUUCAGAAAUGUAGCUCACGGAAACUACUUGGGAGGUAAUGAAGACAACUUUAAAUGUUUCUCAAAGUCAGUAACAGAUAACGAGCUGUGGGUAGUUCAGCUGUCUAUCCACCCACAAGUCAAUCUUCGAAAUGUGAAUAGGAAAAGGUAUGCCCAUUUGAAAGAUGAACAGUUGCAGGUAACCGAGGUCAUUCCUUGGGGCAAAGAAGCCCUAAUUAUUCUUCACUUUGACAACGGCAAGUAUGCUCUCAAGACAUACGACAACCGCUUUCUCAACAGGGACGGCACCUUGAGCACAGACUUGAGUGAUGACAGUCGGUUUACUCUGGAGAUUAAGAGCGGGGCUAACUGUGGACUUGCCUUCAGGGAUUGUACCGGGGCCUAUCUGACUGCUGUAGGCGCCACUGCUACCAUGAAAGGCAGGAACAAGACAGUGAGCAGGGAUGAGCUGUUUAUGUUGGAGGACUCUUGUCCUCAAGUUGUCCUUACAUCCCUAGCAAACAACAAGAAGGUCUCCAUUAGGCAAG